GUGUUUACAACCGCAGAAGAAAGAGGUGGAGAAAUACACAAAAAAGAAAAAUUGGAAAAUUUUUUUAUAUUUUCCUAUAGAAUUAAAUAAUUUAAUAUGGAAAAUAAGGCGAACAAUGCAGGACCAAGUUUAAGUCAAUAUUUUGCUAAUGAUCCGCCCAGUUUCUUUGAUGAGCUAGCGGGGGCACAAGAAAAACAAGAAAAUACUAGCAAACAACUAAAUAUACAAAAACCCUUAGCAGCUACUGUAACAAAUCCCUUGCAAACUGCUAUGCCAACAGCAAAUCCUUCUCCUCCGGCGGCUAGUUUAAGCCAAUCAAAUAAUUUGACUUCUAAUAACUUUAGUGGUGGCUUUAAACCACCCGAUUAUAUAGAGAAUUUAGCUGAAAUGGAGGAGGACUCAAAGAUAAGUGAUGAAGUUAGAAAUUUCUGGGAACCGCCACAUACAGAACCUGGAGUACCUCCUCUAUUAACUAUGCCGGGCAUACAAACAGCUAAAGAUUUGCCUGAUUUAAUAGCUGUAGCUGUAGCCAAACAUUUGGGUGAAGGCGAACUAGCGCAGCGUAAAAUUUUGGCCGUCGACAAUGUUACACAGGAUGAAAGAGGCUUGCGUUCUCUUAUAGUAGCUGGCUGCUAUAGAGCAGCCGUAAAUCUUACCGGAAGACUUUUAACUAUUUAUGGUCAAGGCUUUGGACGUGCUGGUCAGCCAGCCAAACAUUCACCACAUUCCUUACAACUAUGGUUUACCCGUUUGGCUUUACUUGCUAAACUGGGUGAAUUUGAAUUGCUGCAGCAGGAAGCCGAACCUUUUGAGCAACUCAAUAAACCAGAUGUCUACUAUGAGUUCUAUCCUGAAAUGUAUCCUGGUAAAACCGGUUCUAUAGCCUGUUUUUCAUUUCGUCUUUUACUGGCAGAAAUGCCCAUUUAUUUGGGUAAUCCUCAAUUGGCUUUGGAUCGUCUUUCUGAGCUGUAUGUGAUUUGUAAUGAAAUAAAACAAUUUUAUGCCGACAAACAACCAAAGGAAGCUGUAGAGUUUUGGAAAAAGCGUGAACUAAGAGUACUGCAUGCCAUAGUUAAUUGUGCUAUUAUACUUAAAAAGUAUAAUCUUAUAGACGAUGUUAUACGCAGCAUGAUAGUAGAACGUUCCGAUUUAGAUAAAGAAGAGCGUAGAGCUUUAUUUUCCGCCUGGGGUAGAAUAUACCUGCAAAUUGGUGAUAUUUUUGGGGCAGAGCAAAAGUUUGCUGAAGCUCGGCGCUUAAGAAAGAUAGGUUCCCAACCCGAUAUACGUGACCUGGUGGAUAAGGGUCUUAUAACAGUGGCUAAAAAUGACUUUCCCGAAGCCUAUGCCACUUUCCAGAAGGCUCUUCAUUUAGAAACCGGCAACACCAUGAUUUUAAACAAUAUGGGCGUUUGCCUGCUCUAUGCGGGUAAACUUAAAGAUGCCAUUAAUCUCUUCGAAAGAGCCAUUAAUUUAAAUCCUCAAAAAUCUUUAAAUGAAAGUCUUUUAGUAAAUCUCUCUACAUUAUAUGAGUUAGAAUCGAAUAAUUCGAAAAACAAAAAACUUAAUUUAUUGCGAUUAAUUAAUCGUUAUAAACCGGAUUUGAAUAUAAGUUUAGAGAUUUGUUUAAAAUUACAAACACCCAAUUAGUUACAACAACAUAAAAGAAACAGCAUCCUGAACAUUUGAUUGGAAUUAUAAAAAUAAGACAUUUUUUUAAAGAAGUAUUUUAGUUUUGCCCUCCACUGUGUAUACAAUACCUUUUUAAUGUAUAGUUUAUAACACAAACAAUAUUAAAAUAAUAAUAUUUAUGGUUUCUGUUAAAAUAAAUAAUAAUUUAUUAAAA